GCGCAGUUCAGUCUCAGUAGACAUACGACCGUCGCCCGCGCACCAACGUUUCUAGCCGCUCAAGAGAUGGCGCUGUGUUAAAUAGAUUUUGACCUGCAUUAAUCUGUGCUGUGAAUUGAACCGUAGCAUGAUAGUGAGAGUGAAAUGCUUCAGCCUAGGUUAUUAACAAGUGGCAGUGAAAUGGGCUUUAUUAACUGUGUUUUAUGGGGUGCAGUGGCGGUGCUUUUAUGUACAACUUUAUCGACAUGUCAAGAUAUAAAUGAUCACGAGCCGAUCGAUGCGACUAGAAUAAAAAGAGAAGGAGUCCCGGAGAAUAGGGACCUGACGGUACUGCUCGUUAAUGACCAGAAUAGAAAUGACUAUGUUUCGAAGAUUGGGCGAUAUCAUAGCAUCAAACCGGUCAUAGGCCUCCUUACCUCGACAGCGAGAACAUUCAUCCAGGAUGGAGUUACAACGGAAUUUGCAACUCAAAUUCUCGGUACGACUUUAGAUAACGGACGAAUUUAUGCUCAAGUCCUUACUAAGUCGUCUCUUGUUCUCUAUAGUAAACCUAGCGAUGAUACAUUUGUUGUUAGUCCAACCCGUCUCCCCUCAAUCGAUGGAUGGAACGUCAAGCAAGAUUUAGGCAUUAUAGACCCUGAUAAAUUUGUUCUUAAAAACACUGAUUAUUUGGCACCUAGUAGCAAAAUGGACAUUGUUUACGCUAGUAAGCCUGCUAAAGAAAGCUUCAAAAUCUGGAAUGCUCCAUCCUCACCCGAUAAUCAAGUUAAUAAUCAAAUUCUUGAAGAGCCAACCGCUCGCAGAGUGCAAGCUUAUAACGAAAUUCCUAAGUUUGAAGUAUAUAAUUAUCUUGACGGUCCAGCCAUUGAUAACGAGAAAAGGGUGGAAUAUGUUGUACAGCCUAGUAUUUUAGAUAACGUUAAUACCUUACAUAGGCAAAGUAAAGCUUAUGAGCCAAUGUCCGAAUCUGUCAAAGAUACUGAGUUUGAAGAAGAUAAAAUCGAUGAAUCUAAUAUUGUUAAAGUUAAGCCCAAUUACGAUUUACCAACCUUUACGAUUAAGAACGAGUUUUCACCAAUAUUUUAUUAUAUUGAUAAUGUUGAAUCUCGGCAUCCAGUGCAGCAAGCAUUACCUGAAACCAAGUCACCUAAAAAAUUGUUCGGAUACAAAAGUGAACCAAGACCAAAGAAAACAUUUACUUAUCAAGGCUUUGCAGAUUUUACGACUGUCGUUGGUGAUACUGUUAUCAUAUUUACCCCUAACACGGAUACAGUUAGACAACCUAAUCCUGACGAAGUAAAUGUUUUUCCUUCUGCUAAACCCGUAGACUCAUUAGCCACCAAGAUAACAUUCUUAUCAGCUGACAUUCCUGUUGCAACUGCAACAUUUAAAUCGAAUGAAGUAACAAAGUUAACUACUCCAAAUGGCCAAGAUGAUAGAUCUGACAAACCUAUCUAUAAUGGUGAUGAAAAUAUGGAUAAAAAUCUAUAUCAACUAGAUGAUCGAAUUCCUGACUCUGUUAGCGUACAAUAUAACAAUGGCUUUGAUUUAAAUUUAGACGUUAUACAGCCUUCUGAACCAGCGUAUACGACAACUGAGAGUACACGAAAUACAAAUGAUUUAGAUGUAAUAGAAAUGGUCGAACAGAAUUCAAUGGCUACUGAACCUUUAAAUACAAUUAAUCCAUCUUCAACAUUAAGAGAGGAGUCUAAAGAAUCCGUUGUAACAGAAAGUAAUAGCAAUGAUCUUUUUACCAAUUCUGUAGAAGAAUCUGAAAAUACUGCUGAAGAAGUUACAGAAACAACGGAGGAGGAUGAAGAACAAGAGGAAGAUGAAAGCACUCAAGAAAUGGAUACAGAAAUAUUAACAACAACAGAAAGUGGUCACAGUGACGAGUCUGAAGAAAUAGAAACAACAACCGAAAACAGAUUUAACAAACAUGAGGAAGUAUUUUGCUCUGAUGGUCUUGAAACUCAAUCUACAAUGACAACAGCAUAUAAAACGUUAACUUAUUUGACAACUUAUUUCAUCCCACUAGAAAGUACAGAAACUACGACAUCUGUAAAAUCUGAUGUUGUAGUGGAAAGUAAUGUUGGCUAUUUGACUAACUUCGUGUGUAAAACGAGUAGUCCGAAUAUAGAACCUACAGCUGUAAUCAACAUUGAAGUAAAUCCAACAGAACAAAGUAAUAUUGAAGCACCUGAGAUAAUUAAAGAAGACUAUGAAAGUCAACAGAAACUAACUACAGCAACAGAAAAGACACCACCCACAACUCCGAUGGAAAAGGAAAUAUUAACUACUGUUCAAGAGGAAGAAGAAACUUCAAAGGAUUUGGAAAUAACACCAGAAGACGAGCAAACUACUAAAGCAACUACAUCAACUACAGCUGAGAGGGUUUCUACAAGUCAAAGUCACGUGGAAGUAUCUGUUAGUACGGAACAUACUCCAACGGAGCAAGUAAAUUACAAAGAGGCAAAUGAAGAAGUUAAUGAUGCAGAAAAUGAAAUUGAUCUUAUCUAUAAAACGUUAUACACGACCUAUACAUACUUUACUACAUUCUUUGGGGACCAAACAUCUAGUGUAGCAAGCCAUAAAUCGAUAGUGACUAAUAUUAUAACGAACACGAUUGACCUAUCCAAAAUGGACCCUUCACUGAUCGACGCUUUUAAUGAAGGUGAGAUUGCUCCAACUAAUGUAGGUAUUGGCAGGCCGACAGAAACGUUUGCAAUUAAUAGCAUUAUUGAUUUAGUUAAAAAUAAAGAUGUUAUUGAAUCAGUUGAAGUUGGUGAACAGUACAGUUCUCAAACGCCAACUCCCAUAUUAGGUGAUGAUAUUAUAGCAAGUAUAAAACCGGAUGGCGUGAAAACUUAUUUUACAACUUACACAUUCUUUACAACAAUUUAUGUUGGUUCGGAUGCGAAUGUUUGUAGUAGAAGUGAAGUUUAUACAAAUUAUGUUGGCCCUGAUGAACUCAUACCUACGAAAGUAAACCCACUCGCUGUAGAAAAUACGAGGGCACAAUUUGAUUUUAGGAAUUGUAAACAAAUCAAGGGAAAAAUACAAGAUAGUGAAAAUGAAAAUGCAUCCAUGGAAAGCAGUGUAUCAACGAAAGAAAAUAAUUUGGAAGAAAAUUCCAAGGAGUCAUCGCCACAACCUACCCCCGUGGAGGUUGACAUGUUGUUAAGUAUUGAUUCGAAUCCUUUAAUAUCAGAGAAUUCUUAUGUAACAGAUGUUAAAUCUUCAUCGUCUAAAGGUGAAACUAAAUAUCUUGAUAACAAUAAUGUCCUCGAUGAUCAAAUAAGCUCGGAAAGUAAUAUCGAUGAAAUAUUACCAUCACCUACUCUUCUAUUACAGACAAGUUAUACGACCUUUACAUAUUUCACUACUAUGUACAUUGGUAAAGAUUCUAGUAAAGUUAAGAGUCGGUUAGAGACAAUAACAAAUGUCGUAACUGAAACUAUCACACCAAAAAUGGAACAAGAAGAGGAAAAUAAUCUACCAAUAACUUAUUACACUACGUUUACGUAUUGGACAACCUUAUAUAAGGAUAAGUCUACGACAAUAACAAGCCGCGAAGAAAUUGUAUCAAACAUAGUCACUCCGACGGUUCAAGUUUCUCCUUCUAUAAGCCCUAUAGAUACAUCGCCAAUUGAUGUUGAAAAUAUCCCCUCGCAAAAAGAAUUAGAUUUGCUUAAUAUUCAACCAUCUGUUAUUGAAGAUAAUUUAGAGCACGAGGACGGAAAAGCAACAUUUUAUACCACUUAUACAUAUUUUACGACGUUCUAUACUGGUAAUACAUCACAAAUAAGAAGUAGUUUGGAGACUGUUACAAAUAUUGUAGAUAAUACAAAGGUUCUUGAAGAUAAUCAACUUGGUAGAAAAGUGCCAACUGGUGCUGUAGAUAAGAAUUUAAUCCAGGAUAGUGAUAAAUCGUUUAUUGCACCAAGUCAAAUAAAGGAAGAGAUAAAGACAACCAAACUUCCUGAUCUAUCUUCUGUAACAACCACAUUAUUACAAGGAACAUACAUAGAUAAUUUGUUUGCUGAAGUUAAUCCAGAUAAAGCAGAAAAGCCUGAAUCACCACCGGAACAAGAAAAGAAAAUUCUGUUUUCUCAAGUUGCUGUUAUAUCAGGUGACUCUACAAUAGUAACUAACGACAAUAAAACCAUAGAAGAAACAACUACAACUACAUCAACAUCUACAUCGACUACUUCUACAGAAUCAUCUAGUCUCCUGACAUCGAAUCCAGAGGUUAUUGAAAGUUCCGUUUCUGAGCCAGAAACUACGACAGAAACAAGACAAGAUUCCGAAGAAGAAGAUGAUGAUUCGAAUACGAGAAAAAGAGGGCGUCUCAGUUUUACCACAAAGAAACCCACAUUUACACCUGUUAUUAUUCCAUUUGCAUCAAGAAACAGGCCAACAUUUAGUCCCAAACGUCAACCCAUACCUGCUAGUGCUACAACAAUUACUCGGCCGGAAUUCACACCAACUAUUACUGCUACACCUACAUUAAAAUCUGUGAGACCAACGGGAGGUUUUGGUGGAAGUAGAAAACAAUCUGUCGUUGGUAGUUCAUUAAAUCCAAGUAGAAGAUUCUCAGGUCGAAGCAGCGCAACAAUAAACUUGUCUGCAAAUAUUCCAGCUUCCAGACCUGGUGGAUUUGGAAGAGCAAGUAUACAACCCACAUCUCGUCGUACCGGUUUUAGAUCAAGCUCUACGCGAGGUAAUAGUUUGGACUUUGCAAGCAGAUCGGCUGCAUCAAGAAUACGUCCUACAGCAUCAUCAAGAUUAAGAAGUGGUAGACAAUCUAGUUCUUUAUUCUAUACGGAACCUAACGAAGCAGAAACAUAUGCGACACAACAGGAAGAAAACGCAACUGAGUCCUUAGAUGAAUUCACAGAAAGCCCUCCUCGUCAAACUACCAACAAUCCACUACUUCGAUUUAGGCGACCCCCAAUUGCCCGGCAACCAGGCACAGCAAUUACUCCAAGAACAACAACGCCUUCUGCAAGAAGGAGUGUCACAGCACGUGGUCGUGUAACAACAACAACAACUAGAAGAACUACUACCAGAACUACCAAUAAUCCAUUAUUGUCAUUACGUAGACAACGUCCAAACUCUUUGUUCCCUCGUAGAAAUCUAUUCAAGCAACCGGAACCUGAACCUGAAGAAGAAAUUGGAGAAAAUGAGCAAAAGGUUGAUGAAAGUGAUGAAAUUCUUGACGAAGAAGAAUUUGAAGAAGACAAUGAUUACGAAUCAUCUGACAGACGAGAACAAAAGGUUGCAACUCCUGCAACGCCUUCUCCAAAACGAUCAAAUAUUGUCUCAAUAAGACCUUUUGGUUUUAAAAGAAGGGUUAAACGUCAGGUCGAUUAUGGAAAUAGAAAGUUCACAAAUUUCCGACGACCAAGCACGAAAUCUGCUAUUACGAGAAAAGCAGAACCUGAACCAGAGACUGAGGCUCCUGCUCCCGCUAAACCUAAAGCAGGACGUUAUAACGUUCGUCCAUCUGCAAACUCAAGAAGCACAACGGUUACAGCACCAAAAUCUUCAGUUAGACAACCGUUUAUAGUUCGCGGUGAAAGUAGGACAACAACUACUUCGGCUCCCGCGUAUAGGCGUGGUAAAGCAAGGACCUCGUCAAGAACAACAACUAUUUCAUCAAGACCAAAAGCUCCACGUUUAUCUGGAAAGAGUACCCAGUCAUCAAGGUCAUCAUCAGGACGCACAACAAGUAGAUCUCGUGCUCGAACAACAACCAGUAGAGCAUCUAGUAGACAAAGAAAUUCAUUCGAAAACUUCAGCGGAGAAAGACAUAAUAAAUAUGAUAACAUUUUGAAUGAUGGCAAAAUAACAAUCACUCAUCAACUUCCAAUAGAAGUAACCAUUCCUGUAGUGAAUGGAAAAAUAACAGAGUACAAAAAUAUUCUUACUGCAAAACCUAGCAUAGAAACACUUUUAUUAAAUCAAGUGUCCACCUCACUUGGUCCUUUGGGUAACCAGCAAUUGGUUCUUGCUUUUGAGUCUACUGAAUUAGCCGACAACGGAGCUACUAAAGUAACUAAAUUUGUUCUACAUGAAACACCAACCACGACUGUCAUAUUUACACCAACAACCAUUCGCGGUCGUAAAACUUCUUAUUCCCACAUUUUACCAAGUACAGUUUAUAAUGUAGAACCAAUAGUACAAACAGUAGCGCCAGAAAUUAACGCAAAUGUUCCUUUGGCUAACUUAUUACUUUCUCAACUACUUUUGGGUAAUCAGCAACCUGCAAUAAACCCUCUUCUAGCAUUACAAGGCCAAGCAUUGUUACCCCAACAACCCGUAGUACAAACACCUGUAACCGAGUACAAAACUAGAUCUACUACCUAUGUAACAACAGUCACUGAUGCUCGAGAAACUGUUCUUCCCAUUACAUUUAGAGGUACACCAAUUUUAACCACAAUCGUUGAUCCAACUACGAAUGUCAUCACGGCCACUGAAUAUAUAACUGAUACUGUAGUUACAACUCCAACAGUACUUGCUCCUCCACCUCAAUUUAAUUCUCUUCUUUUGCCGCUGCUUCUACAGCAACAGCAGCAGCAACAACAACAGCAACAAGGAUUAUCACUUCAAACUGCUAAUCCUUUAUUGGGUUUAAGUCAAUCCGACCUUAAUGCGCUGUCUAAUAACUUAGGUCAAAACAAUAUUGCUCAAAAUAAUUUAAACAAUGAUAUCUAUAGUAAUAGUCCCAAACCCAACAUUCUAUCUGAUUUAAAUAGUAACGAAGAUUUUUCUGAUGAUAUACGCGAUGAAGAUGAGGAAGACAUCGCUCCUCCAUUACCGCCUCCAACUCGAAAAAGGCACAGGACGAAGGCUGCAAAACCAAGUCCACCAAAACAAACGAGUGUAGUAACGCUAUACGUAUCUGGAAAACACCCUGGAGAAUUUAGCACAGUUCUGUCAACCGUAGUUACUGAUGACACUCAAACUGUUAGGAAAAGAGAGGCCAUAUAUUACGAGGAUGUCCAAAUCCUACCAUCUUUGCUACCAUCUAUUGACGAACUGUAUAGCUCGCAUGAUAACACCGCCCUUGAAAACUCUAUAUUAUCCGAUAUGGAUAAAUACUUUUUAAGUUCAGAAAAGGAAUCUCAACUCGAAACACAAAGCUUAGAAAGUAUAGUAGGAAGUUUAAGUAAUCACAUAAAAUAUGACGCUUCACCAACUUAUGUCGCAAAAUUAGCAAGCCCUUCUUCAAUUAGGAAUAGAAAACAAAGCUCAGUGGACGACGUCUCUUCGUUUAACACAAAUGCUAUAGUAUACGAUAAUACACCUUGGAGACCUGGUAGAGACACUGAUCAGGUUCGAUCGUCAGAAGAUGAAAGGAAAAUUAAGAAUCUAGCGACUCGAAUAUUAUCUAACGGUGUUGAAGUUUUGGUUAAGGAUAAAAGUCAUGAUGGCAAACAAGAACAGCGUAUGCUUAAGUUCAUGCACAUUACUUCAAUAAAACCGCAUCACGCCGGUACUACACAAAACAAGUCACUAUUAUCUUCAGCAGUUGCUACCGUUGUGAAUCAACAACAAAUGAGCGCUUUUUUUCCCAUGCACCACCUCAGGCAGCACAAUUAUAUCAUCAAGACAUGUAUGACAACCUACACAUAUUUGACGACAAUUGUUCAAAACAAGAGAAGCGCUAUAUCGACAUUCGAAACUAUCGUAUCCGUGGUUACUACGGAAUCGUUAACAAACCUUUAUGCGUCAGACGUUUUGGCUGAAUUAAAGCCAACGAAAACCAAAUACAUGGAAGUGAAAACAAUUCAGCCAACAGAAGCAAAUAACAUUUACCUGAAUAAUCUUGGAAAAAUUGAUAAACGUAUAGAUCAUGAUGAUGAUAGUAUGUUUGAUUUGAUACAACCCUCAGAAGUCAAUCAUGUCUCUUGUACUACAACUUCGUGCUCUUGUAGUCACACUAAAACUGAAGGCCUGCAAUCUAAAUACACAAAUAUCAGAGACUCAGAAGUACUGACCGAUAAGCAUGCAACAAAAACGACGAAAAGAGAUGUUCCUAAAGUUGAUAUCAAAACCACAAACAAGGAAACAAUGUCUAUGAAAACUAAAUAUCGACCAUAUGACUAUGAAAUAAAUUCUCCGAUUACACCUACUGACAGAAUUGUGGAAAAAUACACGGAAGUAAUAAGCGAUUAUUCGGAUGAGAAAGACAACAAUCCUUUAAAAGCAAGUGACCUUUUGACAAAUGAACAAGCCCCUGGGCCAAUAAAAACAAACAAGACUACAAACAAUAAAACACCAGAAAAAGUUAAACCAGACAGGCCACAGAAAGUAAACAAAAACAAACUGGUUGUUGCUGAACUAAUAAAGCUAGGUUCUUUAGGUAUUAAAGGAUUAUCCCAACUUGCUCCUGUUUUUGAAAAGAUGACAGGUAGUUUUAUGAAACGACAAGAAGUUAAUCAAACGACAACUUCAACAACAGAAAAGCCUGUUACAAAAUUGACUCCUUACACUGCAGACAAGAGAGUUGAUAGUGAAGAAACAAAACAUGGUAAUUUUCCAAUUUACAUACCAGUCGACGAGAUGGAAACUGCAGAAUCACAGGUGUCAUUUAGUAAUGUAUCAUUACAUAAAAACUAUCCAUGGGCUUUUGACCACAAGCAUUCGAAAGGUCAUUAUAUCGUUCCACCCAAAAUUGUUCAAGAAAGUCCUCUAGUGAAUGGUGGAAUACCCAUUAGUCCUGGUGAAAUAAUUCGCGCUAAUUCUGAUGUAAUUGUUGGAAAACCUGCAGUAGGAGGGCCAUUAACUUUAGCUGCGAGUGGAAUAAAGUUCCAUAACCCCGUAAACCGACCCCCCGUGGAUAGUUAUACGGCUGAUAGCGAACAAUAUCCUGUUAAUGAACAAUAUCCUCUCAGUCUUCCCCAGAAUAAGAAGAAAAACUUAGCACAUGUGGACGAUUCAUUUGAUUUGAGGCCUCCUGAACCACCUAAAAUAUAUUCAAAACCGUUGAAUAACGGAUUAAGACCUUCAUCAGUUCCUUCCCACUCAAAUCAAAAUUCAGGUGGCAAAGCGACGCCCUCUAAGGACCAAUCUAAUAAAAUAAAUGGCGGGGAAGUUCAUAAUGAUCAUGGUCGCCCAUUAUUUUUAGAUUAUAUACCAUCGUUAGUAAAACCUUCAAGCACUAAUAUACCUAUAGAGCAUCAUAUUGAAUUCCGACCGGUUGACGAAAAUCGAGAUGGAUACGAAGUUAUGGACAGUAGUCCAAGUUCUUCUGAAAUAGUGAGCAGUAAAAUUGAAGCUACCGAUGAAGAUAUAUCUGAUUCCUCAGAUGCUUUUAACAAGCCUUUCUUAGUCGAUAUACAACCAUCUAGGGUUGCUAAUGUAUUAAUUCCACAUGGAAGUUCAACCGCCCUGGUUUUCGCUGGAUCGUCUGAACCUCAUAAAACUGGUGAAUAUAUAGAUGAUCCUUUGCCAUAUCCUGAACCAGGUUAUUUUGGAAGUUUUAGUAUUGAUGCACCACAAAUGACAAAUGUGCAUAGCGUAAGUCCUAAUCAAGGUCAAUCAUCGAAAAAACCAAGUAUAAUUUCGCCUUCAAUUGAUCAAUAUAAUAACCGAAAUAUACAAUUUAAUGAAAAGAAAACCGAAAUAAAUAACAAUGUAAAAUUGAAAUGGGACAAUAAUCAACGUUUCAAUCCGAAAAACAUACCUCCGCCCAUGAGUAUACAAGAGUCACAUGUACGAAUUGGACCUCAAAUUACUGUAUAUAAACCAGAGAACUAUAACGGAGAUUUUGAAAAAUACAAACAAAACAAAAAACCUUUAAAAUCAAAGGAUGGUAAAGAAAUAAUCGAUCGAGAAUACGAAAACUAUUUAGCAGUUCCUCCGCCACCUCCAAAGCCACAAUACCAGGAAAAUCAUCACUCAAAAAAUAAACCUUAUAACCAAAGACCGAUAGUCCACACAAAACCAGUUCAAGACAUGAAAGUAUUCUUGAAUGUACAACACCCGGUUCCAGAUCAAUUACCUCCUAAGAUUACGUCUGAAAUAUAUUUCGCGUCACAACCUCCUAAAAAUAUUCAAAAUCCUACUUAUACCGUUCAAGUGCCCAAGCUGUCAUCUGCAAAUGAUGCCCAACAUACCAAUUAUGUAAGUUACCAACCAUACAGACCAAACAAUUUUGAGAGUAAUUCCUUUUCAGUCAUUACAUCACCGAAUAUUGCAAAUAAAUCGAUCACGACUAAUAUUAAGAACGACAAUACGUUUAGCGUAACACUAAAUACCGCUACUGGCAUUAAAAAUCAUGGAGGUGCCAGUCACACCAUCGGUGCAAGUAUAACGGUACCUUUAAGUGCUUCUGAGCACAAUGGUGAAAUAAAUGCUAAUAUACCAAUCGGCACAAAUUUUGCAAUAAGAGUUGAAGAUGAUCCAUCUAAAUAUGAUACCGUUGCUUUGAACGGUAAACGAGAUCCCAGCUUAAUAUAUGACAAAACUAAUAAAAACAGUAUUAACAAUACAACAGCUCAUAAAAUAUCUUCGAAUGAAUCAAAUAUAACUAAAAAUAAUAUUUUUGUACAUAAGGAUAAUAAAGAUGUGGUUGAAGCACCACCACCGUCUAUUAAUAGCCAUGCUAAUUUCCCUAUGAUAAAUGAUAAAACUUAUAAAACUAACAAACACGAGAAGCCAGUACCUAAUACAAAUGAUGAUAUGGAGUCACAUGAACAGAGACGCCCAGGAAAAAUCAUUUCUCAUAUACCGACUAAUUCCCAUGGAUGGUAUUCUAGUGUGCUCAACGAGGAUAAUUUAAAACAUAUAAACAACAUAAAGGUUGAAGUUACGACUAGAAAAGUAAUACCUUUGACGUAUGAGUACGAUAAAGACCGUGUACAAGAUUUUGGUCCUAAAAUAACCACGAUAGGUAAACCUCCUACCGACUUUUUGGAUGCAAGUGCAAGGCCUUCACCCAAUAAGUUUAACAUUGGAAGACCGUUUACAAAACAAAAAGAUUCAGACAAACCACCUUCAUCGACAUUUACAAUAAAACCUAGUUAUAUACCGUCUAUUUAUAUUUCAAAGCAACCUGUCUAUAAUAUUCCAAUCGUUGAUAAUUCGGAUGAAGUAAGUAUUAAACCGACCGAAAAUGUGAAACCCGUAUAUGAAACUUCCGAGGAAAUUUACGACGGCAAAGAAGGACUUGAGGAAACUGAUGAAGAAAUGUCGGGAGAGGUCAGUUCGGAAUCAAUGAAAGUUCCAAUAAUCACUUUCUCGAGUGAAAAUAGUACUGUAUCAAAAUCAACUAAUGAAAUUAUACCACCGGUGCAUAAAGAUAAGGCGGAGUUUGUUAAAUUCAACCCUGGUACUCAAACGGAAAAACCAUUCAGAUCUGAUAAUAAGACAGCAUUCAAUUCUAAUAAUAUGAAUCCAAUAUUUAAUAAUAAUCCAUACAUGAAACCUAGACCUUUUACAGUAAAUAACGCAUCACCACUUGACCAUCAAUUACAACAACCACACUGGCAGAUUAAUGAAAUGAUGGAAAAUAGUACCAAUGCGUCAUAUGAAGACAGUUUUGAACUCAACACUGGGGAAAAGUUGAAUGAGAAAUAUUUAAAUAAAUCAAUGAGUUCCGUUAAUGAGACUAAUGUUCAUUUCUAUGAUAAACAAAAUGAUUCUAAUAUUAUUACGUCCACAAUUCAUAUAAAAGAUAAAAAACCAUUGUUGAUAAAAGUUCCAGAUAGAUCUACUUUGCCUACUUUUACAAUAAAUACAGAUGAUGUGAAUAAUGCAACAAUAAGUGACAUUAUUGAUUUGUCACCCCCUCCACAAAGACCAGAUUAUAAUGUACGACCUUCACAGCAUAACGAGUUAAUUAUGGGAAUGAGCCCACCGCCACCAGCUACUAUUUCAAUCAAUAGACAUCCCACAAGAGCUCCUCAAACCGCGAGACCUGUAAUUCCUGUCCGAACACCUCCACCUUAUAGAAAUGUACCACCUAGAACUUUACCACCAAGACUUAACGCUCAACGACCAGUUAAGAAACCAGUAAUUAUCAAUGAUGACGUAUCUACUUAUAGACCUACACAUGACAUGUUUAAUAAAUAUAAACGUCCUUACUUUAAUCGUGACCAACCGUCAUCAUUACUACUACCGCCUCCACGCGAACUUCCAACUGCAAUUCCUGAACUGGAUUCCGUACCUGCAUCGACACUUGCAGCAUCUUCUGUGUCCAAUGUUAUUUUCCCGACACCUACUUCAUCAGGAUGGUUGACCUCUUCAGGUGUAGAAUUUUCAUCUAGUUUUAAAUUUAACCCCACAUCUGUUCAAUAUCCAGAAAUAAUAACAUCGUCUAAAUCAGACAUUGGCUUGAUCUCAUCAGAUGCAUCUGCUGAUAAUUCCUAUUCGUACGAAGACGAGGCUAGUCAAUCUAAUGAUAGCUCAGAAAGUCCUGAACCCGAAAAGAGCUAUCCUAAUGUACCAUCCGCAGAUGAACCUAUGACGCAAUCUAGUGAAGUCAAUAAGAAUACGGCUAAUAAUUCUUUAUCAUAUGAAUCAAGUCAAGAAGAAAGUGGCGUAACCGAUAAUAUUAAGAUCACAUCAAUAAUAGGUACAAGAAAUAGAACACGUAAGCCAUACCCGAUUCGGCCUGAUGAUAGAAAAACCAAUAAAUAUAAACCUUCAACAAAAUCCAGCACCAUUGCACCAACAAGGACUUUAUCCAGGCCAGAAGUAUUAUAUCCAACUAGACAAGUUUCGAUUAAGAAAAUUAUAAGGCCAGGUGUAAGCCGUUAUCCUAAUACGCAACAGUUCCAUAUAAUUGAGAGUUCAGAAGCACCACUUGACGAAGAUUUCAUAAAACCUACACAAUCUCUCAGUAUAUUUGACGAUAAGCCUUCAAUUUCACAUGAAAUUACAGCUACAAUUGAAAAAACAAUAACCUCAACACUGACCAUUAACAGGAACCCAGAAUCAACACACGUUGAAGUUUUGCAUCAUGCUGGUAAUGAAAUAAGAAUAUCAGACGAAAUUAUUCCUACUAAGACCGAGUUCAAAACUACCGUUGUAACUCUAACAAAAACUCUUUCUGAACCUCCAAGGACGAUAUCCAGCGUUGGUUAUAUUAAUCUGACUCACACUUUAACUGUCACACAUACAAAAACAAGUCUUGUUAGUCAAUCAGAAGGAGCUGUUACGCAAACUUUAGUUUUGACCAAUACCCACACCUCAACUGUCGUAGACGUUAUAACGGAAAUUUACACGCAAGUUCAACCUACCACCAUAAUUGAAACAGUAACAAAACAUAUCCCUAUACCACAAGUUGAAGCCACUCCCGUUCAGGAAAUAUCUUCAACAAAGGUAUCCCUGGAUGAUAUUUCUAUGUCUUCAGAAGAAAAGGAGAACUUUAUAAUUAAAGACUCAGAUGCCACAGAGAAUAUUCAAAAGAUUGAGGCUGAGGAAGAAAAAGACAACGAGAGUUUCUUUGUUGUAAUGAAUAAAUCUCAAAAUGGAGGUAAAGCGCCACCAAUAAGCACAGAUAUUGAAACCGGUGACUACGAUGGAAUAACGAGAAAUGAACAAGUUAAUAGCAAUGGCGUAUCUCAAGUUUUGUUCGGUGAAAUAUUGUUAGCUGGAACGCCUUAUUUGGAAACGACAAAUAUUGGUCAUGCCGGAAUUGGUUUCGGUAAAGAAUGUCAACCGGACUGCAAAGCAUCAAGAAAUGAGCGCUGUCAAAGGAUUGAUGGUAUGAUGAAAUGUGUAUGCAGACCUGGCUUUGCAAGAAUGUUCCCAGAUAGACCGUGUAAACCAACGUACACAUAUUCUGUAAGCCUGGUUCUAGCAUCGCAAGGCAACAAACGUCUCAAGUUCCACCCCAAUCUGGCCGACAAUUCUACCAAAGAGUACCAUAAUCUAGCUAUCGCUACACAUGAAGGUAUAAAUAGAAUGGUGAUGCAAUCAGAUUUGAGAGAUGUAUUCCAUGGUGUUCACAUAACUGGGUUCCAUCCGGUUGAGAUGACAGCCAAGAAUAAAGAAGUUUACCAGGGUGUUGUAAACGACUUCUACGUCCAGCUCUCCGAUAAUGCCCAUGAAUACAGAUUGAAGGAAGUCAUAGAGAAAUACUUGAGGAAUAAUAACUACAGUCUCGGAGGAACUGAAGUGCAUGCGGCUGCCGAUCUGAUAGACAGGCUUAAUGUUAGCGACUUCGACGAAUGCCUCAGCAGCCAAUUCCAUGACUGUUCUGAGCACGCCAAGUGUUUCAACCUUCGUGGCACCUACACCUGCAGUUGUUUGGAAGGAUUUGCUGACUUAAGCGUCAACACACUUUACCCUGGCAGGAUUUGUUCUUCGGAAGCAGUUGGUUGCGAUACCUGCAACUACCACGGUACUUGCUUCGACAGAGAAAGCGCCGUCAUCUGCGAAUGCUUCAAAUGGUAUGCAGGAAAGACCUGCCAGAUUAAUCUUAAAGCGGUGCUAAUCACAGUGACAGUCAGCGGUCUGCUGAUAAUAGCGGCUGCGACAAUCUACGCAUCACGGCGCUGCUGCGCGCCGCGCUCGCCGGCCACGCAGACGUUCGUGAUUGGCUGCAUGCAGGGGUUGCCGACCUUGCAUCAGGGUAAUAUGCCGAAGCAGAGAGCUGAUCGACGGGCGCUUAUAGCUGAGCGAGAAACUGCCGAGACUUGUAGCGUUCAGAACGCUUCGUUACCUUAUAUUCCAACAAAGCGUUCCCGCGCGUCCGCGGCAUCCAGCAAGCAGUGUGCGAUGUCACCCCCUCCCCCACACUCGCCGCCGCCGCCCCCCGCGCCCGCCGUGCUCAUCCCCCGCGCGCGCCUGCACCCGCACUCCGACAGCCGCGACAACCUUUCAAGAAAGAAGAGUCUAGAAGCAUGCGCCGAAGCGAAAUUAAUCAGUUAUUUAGAAUCCGGCGCAACUAACGUUACUGAAGAGAUGAGAAGAAAGCACAGCUUAGAAUCGUCCUAUAGCGCUAACAAGGAUAGGCAUAAUAAACAAGGUGCAUUAGUAUCAGCUGGAUUUAAAGUAUCAACAACAGUCCGUCCCGAAGAUGCAAUGAAGGAAGACGACGCUUCGUCGAUAAACAAGACUGACGUUGACGGGCAGUUGUCGAGAUUUGAUACUUUAAGGAAAUCUUAUAGCCAAGAUGACAAUAUGUCGGAAUGGACGGACGCUGAGCGUCGAUUGGGAGAGUUGACUCUGUCGGAGGCGCGCUCGGUGGGCGGCACGCUGCCCGCCAGCACGGGCCGCGCUGCGUCUUCUACGAGACUUACUCAUCAGGAAGCAAACACGAUGGCUGAACGGGACCUGGGCUCCACCUUCCUCCUGCCCCACGUGCACCUCUAUAAACCUGACCCUACUAGCGACGUAUCCGAGUUUGACUCUCUAUGAAGAAACAAACAUUAGACUGAAGAAACUGUAUUAUUUAUUAAUUUAACUUAUUUUCACUUAGAUAUUAAAUUGAAUAUCCAUCAACUCGAGGCUUUAUCACCAAAACUAUUUAUUUGAACUAGUUUAAUCAUUUUUUUAUUCCAGUGAAAAAUCUUUCUAUAUUUUGAUUAGCAACGAUGUAUAUAUCUUCAUACGAAAUGUAGAAUGCCAUAAUAUAUUUAAGUAUCCUUAGAUUUAAGUUGAUGAAAGCAAUUUGAAGAAGAGAUCGAUAUAAUGGAUCUCUUAUUUGAAGAGUUUUCGUUUAAAUUAUUUAUUGUGCAACGGUAUGUGCCAAUAUGCGGAAGUAUCUUAAAUGAAAACCAGAAGGUAGCGGGUUCGAAUCCCAUCGGAAGUAAUUAAAUAGGAUUUUUUAAACAUCAAAUUGUGUACUUUACAAUUCUUUUGCUUCUGAACUUUGUUUUGUAGAGGCUAGAUCGAUGUAUAUAGAUAAUAUUUAUUAAUUAUCAAUAUUUAUGUAAAUAUUUCAAUUAAUUAUAGAGAAUUUUAGUUUUUUCCUGGUUUUAAACACUGACAUUUUAGAUUCAAAGUAAAUAACUAUUUUAAUAAACUGGUAUCUUUGGCUUCGAAAACAAAAUAUAAAAUCAUCGAACCCUGUACAUUUCAUUUACUUCAUUCACGAUAUAUUUAGUAUCCACUCCUUUAAUUCAUUAAUUUAUUUAUAGGUAAGUUCUGAGUAUUGUAGCUGCUAAUAAUUGAGAUGGCAUAACUGUUUUUAUAUUUUUUGUUAAUUUUCAAUAAAAUAUUUUGUAAUA